AACACUCUGUAUACCCAUUCGUCACAGUGCUGAAAAGCAAUUUAGGGCUUCAUCUCUCUCUCUCUCUCUCCCCAAAUUAGGGCUUUUCAUUUCUCACUCUCUUGCAAACGAGGGGUUUUCCUUACCAGGGUAUGAUGUGGCAGCAGAAAAAAUCAAAAAGCGGUGUAACCAGCACUGGCAGUUCUGCUGAGCUGGCUCACUAUAAUCCCGUGCAUUUUAUUCAAACCAUUACAAGGGGAGAGGUGGUUAAAGUUAUCAACACCGGUCCUUAUGGAAAACCGCCGUUUAAGUUCAGGGAAGUUGCUGCAAUUUAUCGCAAUGGAGAUUCUAGUAUCAAAAGAGAUUGCUUAAACUUCCCACCGAGUAGAAAUUUAAGGGAAACCAAUGUCUCUCAAUCACGUAGUUGUGAUGGGAUCACACAUGGCUAUGAUACCAGUGAGUUAAAGCAUUCUCCUCUUAAUGUUGAUCAUAAAAUAGAUAAUAUACAUCAUGCAUGUGAUGAUUAUUACAGUGAUGAUGAUAUUUCUAAUGGGUUGACGUUGAGAGAACUACAAAAAAUGUGCAAAGCUAAGCUGAGGAAAAUUGGGCCCCCUUCAUGUUCUAAAAGUUCUCUGCGUUCAGAUCAGAACAAUGACAACAUUGAUGUUAUGAAUGUCAGUACUAAUUUUCAGGAUUAUUCUCAUCUUGAAGACCCCCCUAAGAAGAGGAACUGUGCUUUUAUUGAGUCACAUGAAGAUGAUUCAGAUUUAGAAACUCUUGGCAGUUGGACAGCAAAGGUGUCCAAGAAGUUUAAGGCGAAAAUGAGCUCGGCACCAACUGAUUCAAAUUACUCCAUGAAAGUGCAAAUUAAAAGAGAAUGCCCCUCACCCAACAAAGAUGAAAUGAUGAAUGGUAUAAAUGACAGCUGUAUUUCUUAUUCAGAUUAUCCCAUGAAAGCACAAAUAAAAAAAGAAUUCCCAUCAUUUGACGAAAAUGAAGUGAUAAGGGUUAGAGAUGACAAUUUUACUUCUGAUUGUUCUGUCUCUUUGGGUUUUUCUGAUCAACCACCGGAAGUUGCUAUGGGAACAAAUAUAGUAGAUUCAUUGGGUGGAGAGCCCAGCAUGGGCACAAACAUUGCUAUUGAUUGUUUGACUUCAAAACUUCCCAGUGAAGCUGGAGAAGUUCCUGAACUUGCUCCCCAAAUCACCAGUGGAGCUAGUUCAUUCCACUAUUUUGAGCGUAUCAAUUCUGAAGAAGAAAGUCAAUCCGAAGUGCUUCAAAGUUUAGGUGAUUAUGCAGUGAGAACUAACAUAGGAGAUUCAUUGGGUGGAGAGCGUGGUAUGGGCACAAACAUUUCUAUUGAUUGUUUGGUUUCAAAAAUUCCCGGUGAAGCUGGGGAGGCUCCUGAACUUGCUCCCCAAAUCGCCAGUGGAGCUAGUUCAUUACACUGUUUUGAGCGUAUCAAUUUUGAAGAAGAGAGUCAAUCCGAAGUGCUUCAAAGUUUAGGUGAUUAUACAGUGAGAACUAACAUAGGAGAUUCAUUGGGUGGAGAGCCUGGUAUGGGCACAAACAUUUCUAUUGAUUGUUUGGUUUCAAAAAUUCCUUGUGAAGUUGGGGAGGCUCCUGAACUUGCUCCCCAAAUUGCCAGUGGAGCUAGUUCAUUCGACUGUUCUGAGUGUAUCAAUUUUGAAGAAGAAAUUCAAUCCGAAGCGCUUCAAAGUUCAGGUGAUUGUGUCAUGAUUCUAGAGAGAGAAGCUUCUCCCUCUAUUGACCGGAGUACAGCUGUGGCAGUGAGUUCGCUUAACUGCAGUCUCUCCCAAGAAGAGCAUCCAUGUGAAGUUCUUCAGAGGUCAGGUGAUUGUGCAAUUAUUCUAGAGCAAGAAGAUUCUCUCGCUUUGGAUGCGGAUACAACCAAGACAGCUGGUUCUGAAAGUUGCGGUCUCUCCCAAGAAGAGUAUGAAUGUGAAAUGCUUUACAGUUCAGGUGAUUGUGCACGGAUUUUAGAGAGAGGGUCUUCUCUCCAAAUGAAUGGGGUUACUGAAACUGAUUCUUCUGAAAGUUUCAACCUUCCCCAAAAAGAGCAUCAAAGUGAAGUGCUUCAAAGGACAGUGGAUUGUGCAGUUUUUCUCGAGAGAGAGGCUUCUGUCUCUAUUGUUCAGGGUUUAACUGAGACAAGUGGUUCUGAAAGAUGCUAUCUUCCUCAAGAAGAGCACAAAUGUCAUAUUCUUCAAAGUUCAGGUGUUUGUGCAGGGAUCCUAGAGAGAGAAGAUUCUCUCUCUAUGGACCAGAGUACAACUAAAAGUAUUUAUUCUGAAGGCUGCAACCUUCCACAAGAAGAGCAUCAAUUUGAAAUGCUUAAAAGUUCAGGUGAUUGUGCAGUGAUUCUCGAGAGAGAAGCUUCUCAUCAGUAUGAAAUGCUUCAAAGUUCAGGUGAUUGUGCAAUGAUUCUCGAGAGAGAAGCUUCAGGCGAUUGUGCAGGGAUCCUAGAGAGAGAAGAUUCUCUCUCUAUGGACCAGAAUACAGCUAAAAGUAUUUAUUCUGAAGGUUGCAACCUUCCACAAGAAGUGCAUCAAUUUGAAAUGCUUCAAAGUUCAGGUGAUUGUGCAGUGAUUCUCGAGAGAAAAGCUUCUCACUCUGUGGAUCGUGGUACAGCUGAGACAGUGGAUCUUGACCAUCAAUCUGUGGAUUACCAACCAAGCUGUUGUCAGGAGGGUAGUUUUCAUUCGUCCACUGAUGUUGGUUACACAUUCGAGGAGUUUUGUAGAAGUAUAGAUGCACUUGGGGUUGAGUCUUUUGGUCUUAAACCUUGUGAUUCAAAGUUGUGGAGAAGCAGCAAGGAAUUGUUUGAGAAAUACUUGAAUGAGAAGCUAAAUCUCCCACCAACAAAGCUUUUUUCAGGAAGAAAGGUAUCUCUCUCUCUCUCUCACACACACACACACACACACACAGACACACACACACACACAUAUCGCCGGAAGAGAAUAUAUUUUAGGAAGGCAAACGAUGAUAAGACUGCACCAACUGAAGCUGGUAUGGAAAAUUUUGAGUCAUCAUCUGAUUCCAUCAACAAGCUCUCUAAAAGUGCUUCAUCAUCUAGCCCUAGCAAGUGUUCUUCUCCCCAUAAAGAAGACAAUAGUCCCACUAGCUCAGAGUUUCACAAGAUCAAUUCGGGUCCUUCAACUCUCAAAGGGAUUCUUAAGUCUUCUUCACCCUCUUCAGUGGCUUCCUAUGCUUGCUCACUCUGUGAUUCUGUUGGCCUAGAAGCCAAGAAAGCCAUUGCUUUUUCGCAAAGGCAAAUGCAUGAUAUUGAGUCUCUGACCAUGAAGCUUGUGAAGGAAUUGAAAUCCAUGAGAAAUAUUGUGGAGAGUUUGCUUCCUGAAGAAUGGCCUGAUUUAUCUUCAAAGCAUAUCUACAAUGGGAUGAAAAAUGCUACCUUCAAUGCAAGUGAGACAGAGGAAACUGCAAGAAAAUGGCUUUCUAUGAUGUCCAAGGAUUGCAAUCGCUUCUGUAAAAUCAUGAUGGGGGAUGGCCCUUUGUUUUACCAGAUACCUUAUUGGUAUAUGUUGUAUUCUCUCUGGAGUCUGAACCAUGUGGGAAUUGCUCACUUUUUGUGUUCUUUGAUUGGCUCUUGGGUUGUUCAGAGGUCUAGAGAGAGAAAGGGUGCACCAAUCAAUGGGUAUCAUAAGGUGCAGAAGAGGAUCACAUUUGCUGAUGAAGCUGGGGGAAAGCUGUGCCAUGUGAGAGUCUUUGAGGAUUAUCCAUUUGAUGAUUUAUGAGGAUUAUUAUCCUGAUUCUUUGACCGAGUAUUGGAUUGCAGCUGCUAAAACUUCUUGCCCCCAAUGUAUACUUAAUUUUUCUCUCACUACUUUUUCCUUCUCUCUGUAAUUUGUUGUGCUAAACUGCUAAUCUGAUGUAAAGGUACUGAUUAUUGGUGGAAUUCAGCACAUUGUAAGCC